AUGUCCUUUCUGAAAUCGCUGAAAAUCAACGACCCAGAAAAACUCAAGGAUCCAGAUUUCGUUUCUUCGCUGAAUCAAAAGGAGGUUAUUUCCAAGCUGUUACUUGCUGUAUUCUCGCUUCAGGGCCAGGUUGAUAAGCUGAACGAGAAACUUGAAAAAUACGAGAACUUGGAUAGACUCUUGAACGGGGAGGAUCUGUCAGAACCACCAGUUCCAGACCCUAAAAAGGAAAGUCUUGUUGUCGAAAAAGUGUCCAGAACCCCUUCAGACGAUAGCAUACCUAUCGGAUUCACACCCCUCUACUCGACGCCGGCUUUAUCCGAGUCGGAGAUCAUGGACAAACCAGCGAAAAGAAAUGUUGUGGUGAAGCCAUGGCCAGAAGUAUCGCUCAACCAGUUGGCACAAAGGUUCAAGGUUCCUCGAGAACAGCUGAUGCUGGCUAACAAGACGCUAAAUAAGGAUAGAAAGGGACAUCUGCGCCCACUGAAGCCCAACGUCGAGACUGAAACGCUGUCGCCUAGUGACUCUAAAGAGUCUACUCCUCAACCUACGAAGCUGACUAAACCAUCAAAAAGGAAAUUCGACCAAGCCAUUGAAUCGCCGAGUUCAAAUGAGGCGAACUCUUCCAAUAGUUCGGACCCUACAAGCGAAACAACUUCGACGACAACGAAAAAGCCACUCAAAUACACAAUCACCAGCCUUGGACUCUACAAAUGUGACGCAUGCUUGAACGAUGAGAUCUACUCAAGUUAUCCAGCAUUGUACGAACAUAAAAAGAGCAGCCACCCUGACGAGUUUGCAAGCAUCAAGCUGGAAAAGUCAAGCUGA